AUGUCUAGUGCUCGAAAGGCAAACCUUCUGAAAGCUCGAAUUUUGACGACCAAGCCAUUCCUCCUACAACCUACAAGCCGAUGGCUAAUCCGAGCGAGCCAAAUAGAUGGCCAAAAUCACAACUUCGACAACGGAAAGGAUAUCGGUGAAAUUGUUGAGUCAAGCGCCAAAGAACCGACGGAGACCGUUUGUUGA